AUGUCUACGAAGUUUUGUCUUUUUUAUGCAAUGUGUCUGCAUAGGACAAUACCAGAUGAGAAGAAUUCGUCGGAAGAGGCAUUGCAAAGGUGGAGGAAGGCGUGUUGGCUGGUGAAAAAUCGUUACCCGACUGGAAAUGGUGCAACUGGAAAGAAGAAGAAGAUGAUCUUCUGGUCAAAGCCCAAAGGAGAGAGGGGCUUCUGCGAGGGAUGUCUCUUCGCGUUGUGUUGCUGCUGGAUUUGUGACCCUUUCCAAACUCUUUCUUCUUCCUACAAAAUAAUUUUCUUUCCUGUUCGAAAUGGUGGGAAGCGGAAGAGAGGGCGAAAGGAAAAGGGGCAGGUCGCUGUAUCAAAGCCUCCGCCUCCGAAGCAAGACAAAAAGGAGGUCGAGGAGGUGAGUGUUUUGCCAGCUGUCCGAGUAGGGCAUCAAAUGAUCCCAAAUGGCGAGGAGCGGAAGAGAGGACGGUGUCUCCGUUCGAUUACUGGAGAUAAACUGAUGAAGCUGAGAAGCCAAGAAGUCGGAAUGCCACGAAGCUUUCCGUCUCAGCUCGAUUACUUUUUAAGCACCUCAGUUUUUUCCAAUCCAAAGCAUUCCAAUUCCAGAGCGUUCGAACUUUCCUCUUGCAAUCCGCUACUGAGUAUGUUAAAUUUUGCAGAAACUCACUGA